AGAAUGAUCAUUGGCUUUACAUGUAAAGUCUGUAAACAUCGCUCUUAUAAAUCCAUGUCAAAAAAGGCUUAUACGACUGGCGUGGUUAUGAUCAAAUGCGACGGAUGUAAAAACACACACUUGAUUGCUGAUCAUUUGGGAUGGUUUGAUUCAACGAAACCGCCCGGAACGAUUGAGGAUAUUAUGCGAGAAAAAGGAGAGACUGUUAAACGA